AUGGAUCAUGACUCCCCAAAUUUGGAUAACAGGCUGGUCAGGGGUGUGCCAGCAUUCCCAAUUACUGGGAAUGACCACCAGCCUACCAUGGCUUUCCCUAAUCCCCCUGGUGUAAGCACUGCCCGGAGCCCCCUUGAGGCUCUUGUUCUGCCAAAUACCACUACUGCUGGGCCAUCUUCAUGGCAACCUACUCCACAACCUUUGCAAACUGUAGCUCCUCGCCCACCGGUGACAGUUCCUCAACAAACACAGCCAGUUCAACUUGCCGCACCGAUCCCUCAACAGACUGGAUAUUGGCAACGCGCAGUUGAAGAAUUGUUUGAUCCUGCUGGGCCAUCUUCAUGGAAACCUACACCACAACCUUUGCAAACUAUAGCUUCUCGUCCAUCGGUGACAGUGCCUCAACAAACGCAGCCAGUUCAACUUGCUGCAUCGAUCCCUCAACAGACAGGAUAUUGGCAACGUGCAGUUGAAGAAUUGUUUGAUCCUGCUGGGCCAUCUUCAUGGCAACCUACACCACAACCUUUGCAAACUAUAGCUUCUCGUCCAUCGGUGACAGUUCCUCAACAAACACAGCCAGUUCAACUUGCCGCACCGAUCCCUCAACAGACUGGAUAUUGGCAACCCGCAGUUGAAGAAUUGUUUGAUCCUGCUGGACCAUCUUCAUGGCAACCUACUCCACAACCUUUGCAAACUAUAGCUUCUCGUCCACCGGUGACAGUUCCUCAACAAACACAGCCAGUUCAACUUGUCGCACCGAUCCCUCAACAGACUGGAUAUCGCAUGGUACCAAGGAUGUGGCAACCCGAAGCAGGGGUGGCUCAAGGGUUGGAGUUGGGCUAUCCGGAGUUGGGAGAUCUUGAGCUUAAAAACUUGGGUAAUCAACAAUGA